AUGGCGAACUCCACAGGUCCGACCGGCGCGGCCCCGCCGCCCCCCGGGGAAACGCCCAACUUUGAAGACCCGCGAGACGUCAACCACACGGCCCACGUUGUGUACAUGAGCCUCAUCCAGGCCAUCGUCGUCUUCUUCUUCGCCGUACGUGUCUACGCGAAGCUGUCGGUAGAUGGAAGAUUCCGGUUAGAAGACUGGAGUUGUCUGAUAGGAUGGAUCUUCACUGUGGUCCUAAAUUCGGUCAUCAUCAUAAGAAUCCAUUACGGUCUCGGAUUCCAUAUAUGGGACAUCACCAAGAGCAACUAUAUGAUGAUCCAAAAGUGGACGUACGUCAGCAACCUAUUGUACUCGCCCGCCGCUUUCUUCACCAAGAUGGCCCUGAUACUCAUCACCGUACGUGUCUUCUCCGUCAGCACAGGUGUCGCACGGGCACUCUACAGUACCAUGGCCUUGUUCCUUCUCUGCUACAUCACGGUGGAGCUCCUAAAGACUUUCGUGUGCAACCCUGUGCAAGCGUAUUGGGAUCCGACAAUAUCCAACUUUAGAUGCAUCAAUCAAACCAUACUUUUCACAUCCGAUACCUCUAUCGCCAUACUAUCCGAUUUGAUUACACUAGGGGUUCCCACCUUUUUGGCGUGGAGGCUGAGGGUUUCGAUGGCCAAGAAGCUUAAGAUUAUCCUGCUUUUGGGUACUGGUGGUUUGGGCGUUGCGGUGACAGUCUACAGGAUGUUCUUGGUGGCCAGAAAUGAUUCUACCACAGACCCGACCAUCGAUUUCGUGCCAAUUGACUGGACAGUGGUGGGGGAGCUCGCCAUCGGUGUGAUAUGCGCCUGCUUCCCUCCGAUUAAUCAUCUCAUAGAGAAACGAGCCGCCAGAAGA